AUGCUUCACCACACAACAUGUGCCGCUGAAUCUGUCUUAAACGGCACCUAUCAGAAGAAGAAGUUGCUUUCAACGUUUCUUGAGAAUGAACCAUCCGAACCAGAAGGUUGUGGAGUUGACAACUCUCACGAGUCCAAUGAUACCAUGGUACCACCAGUACUGAUGGUGGUUGGUGAAAGGUGGAAAACAUUCAUGAAUACACACACCUCAAAGACCAAUUCUCAAUCCAUCACCAAAAAACGACCAUUCAUUGUUGCUGAAUGUUCUUCUUCCAUGUCAGCAGAAGAACAAUCUUCACAUCAUAAAUCUCAAUUCGAUGAAAGACCUCUUACUCCAUUCCUCAAGGAGACUAUGGAGAUGAAACACGUUGUCUUAUCUGCUGAAAAUACAUCUGGUUCUUCACCACCACUCUCAAUGGAAACUCCAAGAACAUCAAGACAGCAGAAACACAGGGAGGACAACCAACAACAAGUGUCAACCUUCAGUGCUGAAACGACAUUGUCUCCUGGAAAUUGUAUCAUUAUAUCGAAUCACAAGAGUGAAAAUACCUUGGUUCGAACUUUGAGCACAAAAUCUCUUUCCAAAGACGUUUCCUCUCCCCUCUCCAAUUCAAAUCGUUCCAAAAGACUCUCCAUGUCGUGUCUUCCACCUGUCAUUCUCUUCAAUCUUUGUAUUCACCAACGAUGA